AUGAUAUAUGUUGCAUUGAUGAUAAUAACGAACAUGGACCUGACAACGAGGCGCUGUGAGGACGGCGAGGUUGUUAACGGGAAGGAACAGUGCCGGGGUUUUAAUGGGGCGAGUGACGUCACGGGGGUGAUCGAAGUGUCCAGGAAGAGCAGCUCCUUCAGCAUCAGAAGCCUCGUCGGUGGAGAGGACCACGACCGCCCGGCCGACGGACAUGUUAACACUAACGAAGAGUACUACCACCAAGAUUCAUAUCAAAAGUACACUGGUAUGGGUGUGUCGGAGGUUCAAAAGGACGAUUCCCCAAGAACAACUCCUGAGCUAUCAAGAAACGACCAGUCCCCUUCGGAGCGACCACCCCCCGGGUCUGCAGACAGCGACGACCCCGACGACUUCGCCCCCAAGAGGAAGCAGAGACGAUACAGAACAACCUUCACAAGUUUCCAGCUCGAAGAAUUGGAGAAAGCAUUCUCUAGAACUCACUAUCCUGAUGUUUUUACAAGAGAGGAGUUGGCGAUGAAAAUUGGAUUAACGGAAGCGAGAAUACAGGUGUGGUUUCAAAAUCGUCGUGCUAAAUGGAGGAAACAGGAGAAGGUGGGGCCUCAAGGGCACCCUUACAAUCCCUAUCUGGCCGGGGGCGCAGCACCUCCCCCAUCCGUAGUCGCUUCAAUGCCGAACCCUUUCUCACAACUCGGCUUCGGCUUCAGAAAACCGUUUGACGCAAACGCUUUGGCAUCAUUUAGAUAUAAUAGUACCCCAGUGCUGGGAACGCAAUACCUCGGAACGCCGUUAUCUCGGCCACCGCUUUUCAGCGCUCCGAUGUAUUCUUCGGCUCCUCCCUUCCACUCGCUCCUUGCUGGCUUGGCAGCUCCCAGACAAUCUCCGGACCCUCCACCGGUCUCGCCCCCCAUAUCUCCUGGCAGCGAAUCCCCCCCAAUACAACCAGGCCCUGAAGUAGAACGCAGGAGUUCAAGUAUAGCUGCCUUACGAAUGGCGGCUCGAGAACACGAACUGAGGUUGGAAAUGUUAAGACAACGACACCAUACAGACUUGAUAAGUUGA